AUGGCAAAAACGGAGCAGGGCAAUGGACUGGACAUGCGGGGCAGCACAGAGAAGCUGACAGAUAAUAAUGGCAAAGGCGGCUCGUAUGGAUCAGACCCAGAGAUAAAUGGCACCGUCCCCGGGGAGAGACAGGUGGACAAGUAUGGGUUCACUGGAGGAGCACAGCAGCACUCUGGAGAGACUGCUGAAGAAAUACCCCCUGAGGUGCUGAGGCAGCGGGAGGUAAAAUGGCUGGAGAUGCUCAACAGCUGGGACAAAUGGAUGGCCAAAAAACACAAGAAGGUGAAAGAGCGCUGUCAGAAGGGGAUCCCUCCAUCCCUGCGUGGCCGGGCCUGGCUCUACCUCACGGGGGGCAAAGUAAGAAGGGAGCAAAACCAGGGAAAAUUCCAUGAACUGGACAGCCAGCCAGGAGAUCCUAAAUGGGUAGAUAUUAUAGAGAGGGACCUCCAUCGACAGUUCCCCUUCCAUGAAAUGUUUGCAGCAAGAGGAGGUCAUGGGCAGCAAGACCUGUUCCGUGUGUUGAAGGCUUAUACUCUGCAUCGCCCUGAGGAGGGUUACUGUCAGGCUCAGGCUCCCAUCGCUGCUGUUCUUCUGAUGCACAUGCCAGCAGAGGAUGCAUUCUGGUGUCUUGUUCAGAUUUGUGAGAAAUACCUUCCUGGUUACUACAGCACAGGGCUGGAGGCAAUCCAGCUGGAUGGGGAGAUCCUGUACGCUCUCCUGCGGCGUGUGUCUCCUGUGGCCCACCGUCACUUAAAGAAGCACAAGCUGGAGCCCAUCCUGUACAUGACCGAGUGGUUCAUGUGCGCUUUCUCUCGGACUCUGCCAUGGGCCUCGGUGCUGCGGGUCUGGGACAUGUUUCUUUGUGAGGGAGUGAAGAUCCUCUUUCGAGUGGGCCUGGUUCUCCUAAAAUGCAUGUUGGGAUCCCAAGAGAAAGUGAAGUCCUGUCAAGGCCUCUAUGAAACAAUGGAGCUGCUGCGAGCCAUACACCCACAGUACAUGAGAGAAGGCUUCCUGGUGCACGAGAUUAUCGAGUUAGUGGUGUCUGAGAAGGACAUUGAGAAGGAACACCUCGCUCAGCUGCGGCACUGGAAGGAGACUCGCGGAGAUCUACGCUGCAAGUCCCCUCCCAGGAUGCACGGCGCUAAGGCCAUCAUGGCCGCCGAGCCGCCCAGUCGACAGGACCUGAAACAAAUGCCCACCAUCAUUGUGGAGUCUCCCCUGGCACCCAAGACAGACCGGGAGAGAGUAGAGGAUGCCAAGGACAGUGGAAAGGAGGAAAAACAGAAGAAAACACUCCUACCGCCACAGCAGACUGUAAAUCCUGCCUUUCCUCCCACUGACCCCUCACCUCUUGUCGAAGGCAAGAAUGGAAAAGGGUCCAAAGAGAGUCUGAGCAGCGCAGAGCAUGACACCUACCUGUAGCAGACUAAGUGUCACCAGCUUACUAACAUAAAUCAUUCCAUACAGCCUCGACUAACUCACUAACAUUCUCACAUAUCACAGUUGUCAGUGACAUGACAAACUUUUCCAUGACUUUGUGUGUCCAUAGGAGUCGUAACUGUGACAGGUUUUAGUAAAAUUACAAUCAAGAAAUAAGUAAUCAAAGCUGGCCUGAGCAGAAUGCCUCUGCUCAGAUCAUGAAGCAGUCACUGUGAUACUCAACACAUUUUCAGUGUAAUUUCAUUUAUAUAGGUUGCUAUGUACUCUACUUUAAACUAAGUGCAGUUAUGGACAUUUAGGAUAAAAGUAUGUGGAGCUCAGAGGUGUGUAAUUGCCAGUGAGCAACAACAGAUGGAGACUAUGUGCCCUUUGCGCACACUUCUAUGAGGUUUUUGGCGCUAUUAGCUUCAUAUGACUGAACAUGUGGGGAUAUACACUCGCUAACUCACUGUUAAAGGUAUACUAUGCAGGAUUGUCGUGCUACACCACAGAGAAAUACAAAAACGUACUAAUGAACCUUCAUUAAUAUAGGCCUAUAAUUUAUCUACAAGUGCACGUCACACACUGAGC